AACCUUAAGGAGCAGAUCAUGACAACAAACGUAUGGGUUCAACAGUUUUGGGAGGACUACAAACUCAGGUGGGAUCCGAAGGAAUAUGGCGGUGUGGAUAUGCUCCACGUGCCUUCUGACCAUAUAUGGAAACCUGACAUUGUUUUAUAUAAUAAUUUACAAGUGGACCUCCGACACGAAGAAGAGGUUCCUGGGGCUAAACUUGUAGAGAUUGGUAUCGAUCUCAGCGAUUUCUACUUGAGUGUGGAGUGGGACGUUCUGGAAGUCCCCGCCAUUCGAAACGAGAAGUAUUACACCUGCUGUGAGGAGCCUUACAUUGACAUCACCUUUAACAUCAGCAUGCGGCGGAAGACGUUGUUCUACACUGUCAACCUGAUCAUUCCCUGCAUGGGGAUUUCGUUCCUCACAGUAUUGGUGUUCUAUCUUCCUUCGGACAGCGGUCAGAAGGUUACACUGAGUAUUUCCAUCCUGUUGGCUCUGACACUGUUCUUCCUCCUGCUGGCAGAAAUCAUUCCUCCAACCUCACUCACUGUCCCAUUGUUAGGCAAGUACUUACUGUUCACUAUGAUACUCGUAACGCUUUCUAUAAUCGUGACGGUUGUGGUGCUCAAUGUUCAUUUUCGGACCAGUUCCACUCAUCGCAUGAAUCCCUGGGUGAAGCGUGUCUUCAUGCAGAUGUUGCCCCGACUUCUACUCAUGCGCAGGCCAUUGGAUUCGGCUCCCGAGCCUCGGAAGGUGAUGGUCCGUACCUGUAAUGGAACAGAGCUCAGAGACUUCAACUCUCAAAGUGAACCGUACAGUAGAAGGCAAAGCUUUGACGCUGAAUUCGGGCCCGAUAUUAACUACCCGGCGUGCAGAAUCCACGGGAGCGGGGGGCACAUGCACGCGGCAAUGUCCAGUCCCAUGACGUCCGAGCAAGCCAUGAUGCAGGAGCAUGAAAGAUGUCCAGGAAUGCGAAGGUUACACUUCUGUCCAGAAUUCGAGAGAGCAAUGGAAUCAGUACACUAUAUAGCCGACCAUACCAGAAGAUACGAAGAGCAUAUCAGUGUGAGGGAAGACUGGAAGUACGUGGCGAUGGUUCUUGACCGGCUGUUCCUCUGGAUAUUUACCAUCGCUGUCCUUGUGGGAACGUGUGGAAUUAUCUUACACGCACCAACCCUCUACGACAACCGAGAACCCGUCGAUGUGAAACUCUCCGAAGUUGCCAUGGCAACGAGACAUCAUCACCUACCCCGGUAAUAAAGAUAUGACGAGUCACUCCAAUUGAAUAUCGACAGGAAGCACUUAGGCCUUUGUUGAAGACAAGAAGCAUCCAGAAAAUAUAUGGCUAAAUGACAUAAGCAAAAUAUUGAAUUGUAACGACAAGUGUCAGCUGACGACUCCAAACAAGAUACAUACGACAAUGCUCAAAAAGUAUAUUUUGGUAACUAUGGUCCGUGUAAAGAACUAGAGUGAGUUUCUUGGGUAUUAAGAAGUUUAGUUUUGAAUACAAGGUUUUGCUGAAGUGAGUGUGUUAUGAUAAUAGAUAAAGUACAGAAUUUACAAAAUCUGUGUGUUAUGAAGGUAGGCAAAGCACAGAAUUGACAAAAUUUUUGUGUUGAUGGUUGUAUUUUUUUUUCGUGUUAUCUAGAAGUAGUAGUACUUGAACAAUGUAUUCCUGUAUAAAAAUUCUAAAGGCAUUGAAGCUAGUCUUAACAACCAUUACUUAGUAUAUUCAAAUCUUUUGUCAGGAUAUUACAGUUCUGUGGUUCUAUACACUUAAAUUUUUUUGUGCGUGUAUUACUUGUUUACAAAGAUCGACGUGAAAAGAUAACGAUAUUAAAGACUGAUGUGUUCUAUACGAAUAGUGGCAUUUACAAUUGUAAAAUUUAGAAAACUGUACAAAAUAUGUUAUUCAAUUUAAUGCUUUGCUUUUCCACAGAAGAGCACCAUCGUCUUAAGAACAAAACUCCUAAGGCUCCAUCUAGUAGUGAGAAAAUAAAAUAAAAAAAAAUGUAAUGAUGCGUUAAAGGAUAAUUUGUAUUCACUCUUUGUUUCUUAAUAAAAAUGCAAAAUAAUC